UGAUCCGGUCGGAAUACGGAAACAGUAACCUCAUGAAUAAAAUAUGAGAGUUGUCGCUAUCAAACCGUGGAAAUACAAAACACGUCAUUUUAACUGUUUUCCGCUUAAUUGUUAACACGUGGGAGAGCUGGUGACGUUUUCAGCUAAAUGGUUUGAUAUUACAUGUUGUGAUGCAGGAACUCUUAAACACAAAAUUCUGUGUCCAAAUGCGAGGUUUAACCAAAUAUUCAUCUUUAGUAUUGGUCCUGUGGAUUGGAGCAUUAACACUGUAUAUGGGACUUCAAAGUUAUGGGCUAUCCAAGAUAAACGCCCCAGAGUCACAAGAGUUGACGAAUCAAAACACAUCGCCACUGAUAUUCAUUGGAGGUUUACCCCGUAGUGGAACAACACUAGCAAGAGUAAUGUUAGAUGCGCAUCCAGACGUGAGAUGCGGGGAAGAGACAAGAGUGGUUCCAAGGAUACUAAGAACUAGAAUGGAGUGGACGAGUUCCCAAAAAGAGAGAUCUAGAUUAGCAGAAGCUGGAAUGAGUGAAAAGGUGUUGGAUUCAGCAGUCUCUGCUUUUAUAUCAAAAAUUAUAGAGAACCACGGAGAACCCGCUAGCUGGUUGUGUAACAAAGAUCCAUUCACGAUGAAAUACAGCAUUUACCUCAACAAAUUGUUCCCGAACGCAAAGUUCCUACUGAUGCUAAGAGACGGGCGAGCUGUUGUGAAUUCAAUCAUUACCCGGAGAGUGACAGUCACUGGUUUUGAUUUUAGAGACCCGAAGAAAUGUUUAGAAAGAUGGAACAGUAUUAUUGAAUCAAUGUACGAUCAGUGUCUACAUGUUGGACCGGAUCGUUGUAUGCCGGUGUACUAUGAGCAACUAAGUCUUUAUCCCGAUCUCUGGAUGCACCGAAUAUUAGAGUUCCUGGGAAUACCUUGGAGCAACAACGUGUUACAUCAUCAGGACUUCAUUGGCAAGCCUGGCGGAGCAUCUCUAUCACAGUUAGAGCGGUCAACAGAUCAGGUAAUGAAACCUGUGAAUCUUCAAGCUUUGAGCAAGUGGGUAGGAUUUUAUCCCCGACAUAUAGUGGAAGACAUGCAAAAAAUAGCACCAAUGCUUCGGAGACUGGGCUAUGACCCAAUGGCUAAUCCGCCCCGAUAUGAUCAUCCUGAUCCAAGGAUAGCUGAUAAUACUCUCCAUAUAUAUCAGUAUAAGAAAUAUUGGAGAAACAAAGGAGUAAACAAGAAAGUGUAGAUGUACUGAACGCUGUAUCGUGGGUUCAGGAUAUAGAUUACCUCAACUAUGCAAAUUGAAUUCCAUAUUGGAAUGAUUAUAAAAUCAUAAAAAGUUAUAUCUCAAAAGGGAACUUUUGUACUAAUCAAGAUUCAGGUCUGAUGAUUUAUUCUGACUGAUUAAUUGGGAGAUGAAUAUAAGCUUCAAAAAAGCGAGUUUUGUUAGAAGUCGAAUUGAAUAUCCUUCCAUAUACAGUUUUUAAAAAAUCUCAUGAACAGGAGAAUUCUAACUAAUGAUGUUGAUGUUCUUACAAUCAAGAUGCAUACUGAUUUAAUUUUCAUUUGGAUAUAAUGUUGACCUUUAUUUUUUAUCACUCUAUGAUUGACACAUGUUGAACAAUUGAAAAUGUCACUUUAAAAUGCCACCAAUAAUAUUCAUUUUAGAAGGCAUUUGCAUUUAAAAUACAUCAAAUAAAUUCAGAUGCAACGCAUUUUCAGUUCUAAACAAAUCAUCAUAGAUCACUUCAUCAUUUAUAUGUAGUGCAUUAUAAAGCCACAAUGAUUUUUGAGUUCUCAUAUUGGGAACCGUUCAUAUAUUUUUUACAAUUUUAUUAUUAAAUCACGUCCAUUGUUUGAUAAAUUAUUGGACCAAGCGGGUUAUUUCAUCGGAUACUUGCAUUUUAUCGAAUUCUAUGGUUUUUCAUAUUGAAAAAAGAGUCGAUGUUGUAGAUUUGGUUUUAUUUCAAUGAAAUAAAUGCCUUAUUUUUCGCUGUGAUUUUUUGUGUGUGUCAGAUAGACGAAACAUUAAAAC